CUCAACCGGUGGAAAAUUAAAUUAUAGCGGAUGUGGGAGCAGCUUCAUCUUUUUGUCGAGCACCGUGGAGUUGGUUUUUCCUGCGCCGGCGUCGUUUUUCUCGGCCGUGAACGAUGCCUCUGGGUCUGAAGCCGUGCUGCGCGGUCUGCAAGACGAACUCUUCGUCCAUGUGGAAGAAGGGGAACCAGGGAGAGAUCCUGUGCCACCACUGCACCGGGAAGGGCGGCUGCGGGGGGGCGUCGGGACCCUCCCUGGCCGCCAGCACUACGGCCAGCAAUGGCGGGGGAAAGCAGUCCAAGCAGGAGAUCCACAGGAGGUCUGCAAGGCUGAGAAGCACCAAGUACAAAGCUCCCGCCUCAGAGAAGAAAGUGUCGACAAAAGGAAAGGGAAGAAGGCAUAUAUUUAAACUGAAAAACCCCAUCAAAGCACCUGAGUCCGUAGCAACAAUCAUUACAUCAGAAUCAGUAUUUUAUAAGGGCGUCUACUACCAGACGGGCGACGUGAUCAAGGUGACGGACGAGGAGGACGGGAAGUCCUACUACGCCCAGAUCCGAGGGUUUGUCCAGGACCAGUACUGUGAGAAGAGUGCCGCGCUCACCUGGCUGAUUCCCACCCAGGCCAGCCCCAAGGACCACUUCGAUCCCGGGACCUACAUAGUCGGUCCGGAGGAGGAUCUGCCCAGAAAGAUGGAGUUCCUGGAAUUCGUGUGCCACGCCCCCUCCGAGUAUUUCAAAUCGCGGAGCUCGCCGUUUCCCACCAUCCCCAUCCGGCCAGAGAAAGGCUACCUCUGGACCCACAUAGGACCCACCGCGGCGCUGCCCGUCAGAGAGUCUGUGGGCAGCGGCAGCUAACAGGAAUACGAUUAUGGACCUUUUCUGUCUGAAAACAGGCGGAUGUACAUUAUGUAAUAUAACCCACUGUAGCCACUAUUUCAGUUAAAAGAGGAGAUGUGACUUCACACCGGAGGAACCAGACGUUACUGCUCUUCUCUCAUUGCUUCUACAGCUGUAUCAGUGCAAUAAAACUUUUGUAUUUGAUAAUAAAUGAAAAGUUGAGAACAAACUUCCGUCCUCUUGUUAGAAAACGCGCAGAAAUAUGAGAGGAAAAGACGCACAAAUGUCCGAUCUAAAUCUUGUUUUCUGUAAAUAUAAACUAAUAGUUGGUGAAAAACAUCACAGAAUGUC